AUGAACACAAAAAUUGGAUGGUUUGCGGGUUACUAUCAACAAGCAUGGAGUAAUCGUCCGAGUGGUGCAAAUGAUGAAAAUGUUUUGGCGACGUCUAUCGGUAAAUACACCAAGAAACGUGGGAAGUUACCAUACAUGAAGCCAUAUGAAAUUUUGAGAAAAUGUGAGAAGUGGAAACCAGAGCCUAAUGAGGUAUCAAAAACUAAAAGAUCUAAAACGAGCGCGUCAGGGAGUUAUGGUGGUGGUGGUGGUGGUUCUGAGGCACGGUGUGCUAUCAAUAUAAACGAUAAACUCGAGUUCGAAGAUGAAGCUCCAACUCCUGAAUCAGAGCAUCCAAUUGGAAGGGAUUGGGCCAAAAAAGCAACAGAUGCAAAGGCUUCGAGUUCGAAGAGAACGACCUCAAGUGACGUAUAA